UGAUGCAGCUCGGCCCGCGCGCGUGUGUGAGAGUAUCACCGAUAAAUCCCAGGCUGCACAAGAUGGCGAUCGCGCGGCUGGCGGCUUUCGGCGUGCUUUGCUGGAGCAUCUGCCUGAUUCCGUCCACGCUCGGCGUGAUCCUACGGACUACGGACAAGAUCGUGUGGGCGAAUGAGUUUGAACCCAUCGAGCUGACCUGUCUAAUAGAGUCAAUCUCCACAAACAACCCCAGGAUCGAGUGGAAAAAGAUUAAAAACGGCGUCCCGAGUUACGUGUAUUUUCAAAACAGGAUAGCGGGGGACUUGGAGCACAGGGCCCAGCUCAGGGAGCCGGCCAACAUCCUGAUCUUAAACACGAGCCGGUCGGACACCGCCGAGUACCGCUGCGAGGUGGCAGCCAUCGACGACCAGAGAGACUUCGACGAGAUACUCAUCAGUCUCGCCGUGAGAGUGAAGCCGGUGGUACCGCGGUGCAGCGUGCCGGUGGCGGUCACGGUCGGGACGUCCUCGGAGCUGCGCUGCCUGGAGAACGAGGGUUUCCCCGCCUCACAGUACCGCUGGUUCCACAACAACGAGGAGCUUCCCCAAGACCCCAAGAGUAGCCCUAAGUUUAUGAACUCCUCCUACACCAUAAACCCUGACACCGGAGGUCUGAAGUUCCGUAGGGUGAGGAAGGAUGAUGCGGGGGAGUACUUCUGCCAGGCGAAGAAUGACGCGGGGCACGCCCAGUGUUCCCCACAGACGAUGGAAGUCUAUGACGUCGACAUCGUUGGCAUCUUUCUGAAGUCGUUCGCCGCUUUUGUGGCGUUCAUCUUCCUGACUAUGGGCGUCUGUCACGCUCAUAAACACGGCUGCUUCUCCAGCAGGGAGCACGCGGAAAACAACUACAAAAUGCCAGCGCACAACGAUGGCGUCGACUAUGGCGAUGCAGACGAGGUAAACAACACACAACCAGCAAAGGCCUUGUUCACACUGUUUUGUGUGUUUUGGUUUAUCAAGAGUUGA